GGCGUCGCUCUGCUAUUGGCUGGUUUCACGCACUGACAAUUUGAAAAUCGGUGUUUUGAGGUUGAGAAGCAGCAGCAGGACGGAAACACAAAGAUAAGGACAAUUUUUAUUAAAAAAUAAAAAGCUGCUGCGAUGUUCGCUGGAGAGGACGGAGCCCAGCUGCAGGGCUGUGUGACGGUGGAGCAGCUCAACAGCUCCGGUCAGGCCACCAGGAGGCAGGUCAUCCGCAAAGCCUCCGUUAUUCUGGGCCGGAAUGAGUUCCAGGAGAUCCUCCUCCGAGUCCACGACGGGAAAAUCCCUCAAAACUACCACCUAAAAGAGUUCAAACUGUUCACCAAGUUCGUCAGAGAUGGGAAGUGCACCGUCAAACUGCUCCCUGAAAACAUCCAGCUGCUCCUCUCCAACUGUCCUCCCGACCAGCUGCGCCUCUUCCUCAAAACCCUGAGCAUCAAGCACCAGGCCUGGCAGAGCAGCAAACCCCUGACUGGCCGAGAGAAGCUCAGAGCCGGUCUGCCUCGCAGCUUUGAGGCCAUCAGCCCCUUGCAGCAAAAAGACAUCCAGAAGGUCAAUGAGUUGAGGAGUAAAGUGCCUCCUAAAGGGUUGACUGACCGCACCAAUAAGACGACUGUGGCAGGAACAGGACAGCAGGUCAAACGGUCCAGGAGUGACUGUAACUUCAGCCCAGUGAAGGCCAACCCAAAUAAGAAGCCCAUCCUUUCUCUUCCAUCUCGGAAGCUAAAUAAGGAACAAGCUGCUGUUCUGAGUGCAGUGCUGAGUGGCAAGAAUGUCUUCUUUACUGGAAGUGCAGGAACAGGAAAGUCCUUCUUGCUCAAGAGAAUCAUUGGAUCUCUCCCACCAAAGAGCACCUUUGCCACAGCCAGCACAGGAGUGGCUGCAUGUCACAUUGGAGGAACAACGUUACACAACUUUGCUGGGAUCGGCUCUGGCUCUGCCCCCCUGGAGCAGUGCAUUGAGCUGGCUCAGAGGCCCGGAGUGCUGCAGCACUGGACGAGCUGUCGACACCUCAUCAUCGACGAGGUCUCCAUGGUGGAGGCCCAUUUCUUUGACAAGCUCGAAUCAGUGGCCAGGUCGGUGAGGAGGUCGACUGAACCAUUUGGAGGCAUCCAGCUUAUCGUAUGUGGAGACUUUCUUCAGCUGCCUCCAGUUUCUAAAGGAAAGGAAAAGGCCAGCUUCUGCUUCCAGGCCAGGAGUUGGCGGAAAGUCAUCCAGGUCAACAUGGAGCUGACGGAGGUCCGGAGGCAAACGGACCACAGCUUUAUCUCCCUCCUGCAGGCAGUGAGGGUGGGCAGGGUGACAGAGGAAGUCACGGCUAAGCUGAUGAGAAGUUCCUACCACCACAUCGAGAGAGACGGUAUCCUGGCGACCAGACUGUGCACACACAAGGAUGACGUGGAGCUCACGAACGAGAACAAACUCCAGCAGCUGCCAGGGCCAGUGAAGGUGUUUGAGGCCCUGGACAGCGACCCGGCGCUGGUGAAGACUAUAGACGCUCACAGUCCUGUCAGCAGACUGAUCCAACUGAAAGUGGGAGCUCAGGUCAUGCUGACAAAGAACCUGGACGUGGCUCGAGGUCUGGUGAACGGAGCACGAGGGGUUGUGGUGGCUUUUGAGUCUGGAAAACAUGGCCUCCCACGUGUGCGUUUCCUGUGUGGUGUCACCGAGGUGUUGAAGCAGGAGCGCUGGGUGUUCAAGUCCGGCGGAGGGAUUUACUUGAGUCGACAGCAGCUGCCACUCAAACUGGCCUGGGCCAUCUCCAUCCAUAAGAGCCAGGGAAUGACUCUGGACUGUGUGGAAAUCUCUUUGGCGCGAGUGUUUGAGAGCGGCCAGGCCUAUGUGGCGUUGUCUCGGGCUCGGAGCCUGGAGGGUCUGAGGGUCAUGGACUUCGACCCCAGUGUGGUCCGGGCAGAUCCAGACGUUCUCGUCUUCUACAAGAGACUGAGGAAGGAGAGGCUGCUCCUGCAGGCCUCCAUGGACGAUUUUGUUGGCAGCAGCAACAAAGAAAAUGUUUGGUGAAGAGGAGAACGUCUCCAAAUCCCUUGUUUGUAUUCUGCACUGUGUGCAUUAGUGAUGUUAUUCCUCCAGAGGGAUUAUGAUUUUCUUCAACGACUCCAACCAAAGACCUCUACGAUCACAUUUCCACUUUAACUUGCUGUAUUUGGAGUCACACUGCCACCAAGUGUUCAAUACUGUAACUUUUAAGAGUUUAUUUUUAUUGUGGUUUUUAAUUUAUGAUCAUGUACUCAAAUAAAGUUUUAGUCUACAUAUAA